AUGAGCAGGCAACCACUGGAAGGGAACAAACUGGGCUUGUCCAAGAUAAAACUUUUUGUUAGUGUAGAAGCAGUUGUGGUUGACUUACCCCCAUUGUUACCUACUCUUCAUCCACUUGUUAUUGACAGUGAAACUCUGAUGGAUAAUGUUUUUGGGAAUGAUGCAUCUAAUAUAAGCUUGAUGGAGAUGUUUGCAUUGCAUGAGACUACAAAACAGAUAAAACUUUUUGUUAGUGUAGAAGCAGUUGUGGUUGACUUACCCCCAUUGUUACCUACUCUUCAUCCACUUGUUAUUGACAGUGAAACUCUGAUGGAUAAUGUUUUUGGGAAUGAUGCAUCAAAUAUUAGGUUUGAUGGUGCUAGUGUCGAAGUUGGGAAUAUGAACUCUGUACAUGGCGAUGCCCAGGAUAGUGACAAUGGUGACUUUGAAGAUGAUGAUGUAUAUGGAUUGAUUGCAGAGGAUGGUGACUAUGGAGAAGAAAAUGUGAUCUCCAACCAUGAGUAUAGGGAAGAGAUAGAUCUAGACUAUCGUGAUGAUGUGUUAUCGGAUUAUGAGUCGGGGGAUGAUGAUCUUAGUCAUUCUAGCUUAGAGUCGGAUGAUAAUGUGGACAAGAGAUGA